CGCACGCCAGCGGAAUUAAAUCAAACCAAGCAAGUACAAGAGUGAACUUCGGCUAGUCCGAAUAAAAAAAUAAAAUAAAACGUUAUUGCUGGCAAUAACGUCUGUUGAUCAGUUUCAAAGUUUUCGUCGAAUUUUUUAGUUUAAACCUACAAUGACUUACACAAACUGCUACGACUAUAGCAACUUACUAACGAGCACAGACGCGUUGGGAAGCUUAGGAAGCCUAGCGAAAGUCGCUACAGAUCAACUGCUAGGCUGGACAGAUACCUCCGGAUUUUUAGCAUCGCAGCUUAACACGCAAACGGCUCAAGCUUGUAUUGACGACUUCACUUUUGGCGUUGACACGUUCGGCGAACAAACAGUGCCAGGAGAGUACGACUUCGCAGCCGUGCCCGAAUUAAAACAAGACAUCAAACCCGACAUCGCACUACUCCAAAAAAACGCACAUCGUUUCGACCAAUUUAAAACUCCAUCUCUUGCAGAAGUGUUUUCUCAAACCUCCGGAACAAGCCCACCUCCAACUUCACAAACCUCCCCAUACAGCUCGCCACCUCACAAUCAGUGGAAUCCUGAUCGCACGGUCUUGACUUCUCUCGUCAGCAACGUCAACCCCAUCAAUACUGCGAUUCCUUUUUCCUCGUGCUCCACUCCCGCAUCAAUGUCGCAACCACCAGUUUCAUGCAGCAUUCAAAACACAAUUCAACCGCAAUCCGCUGCCUUGUUACAAAAGAUUCAGCAGCAACAGCAACUCUUUGAUACGUACCAAAAAGUGACGCAAGCCGCCACGGCCUUCCCUUACACGAAGGCACCUCCAUCACUCUCUACUCUCCCAUACCUUCCAGUUACAGCAACCGUAAAUAUGAAGUGGCCAUUGAUUGGCGAUCCAAAUGGGCUUACGCAAAAUCUUAAAAUGGACGCGAGCCUCGAAAAGCUACUGAAUCCUUCCGCAAACGACUUCUUCAAUAAUAACAACAACAACAACAACAACAUCAUGAAGGUCCCCAAGUCUGCACCCAAUAAUAACAGCAACAACCACAACAUCAGACCUGUGAAAGGUGGAAGUAACAUACUUAAAGUGAAAGAGACGACCAACUCGAAACGAGCCAAAACACCGCCAAGUGAACGACCGUAUGGAUGUCCUUUUGAGGCCUGCUCCCGACGCUUUUCUCGCUCUGACGAGCUCACUCGCCACAUGCGUACGCACACUGGUCAGAAACCUUUUCAAUGUCGUAUCUGCAUGAGGAAUUUCUCUCGUUCUGAUCAUCUGACAACCCAUAUCAGAACGCACACCGGUGAGAAACCAUUUGCGUGCGAUACCUGCGGCAGACGCUUCGCCCGUUCUGACGAGAGAAGAAGGCACACGAAAAUCCAUCUGCGCGAGCAAGCCAAAAAAGAGGAAGAGGCUAAAAAGGCUUUAGUAGCUCAAAGCCAUUCGAAUCUUACGACCGUGCCUUCGUCACAAUUUCAAGUUCCCUCUCUUUCCACCAUGCCAAGACCCCUUUCUGCUUGAACAAUUUAUUUAACCAUCACCAACUUUGCACUCAAAAAAAUACAUUUACCAGCGCUGGCGCUAUCAAAUAUGUAGAACAAGUAUAUAUAACUUAAACAUUUAGUACCCAGAGAGAAAACACGUUUGUAUUAUAUUUAAACAGUUGCAAGAGAUGAUUGUUUUAGGCUGGUCCUAUAAAAACCUUGUGUAUAUAAAAAUGAAACAACUGGAUGCAUGUAAUAUUCCAUAUUGAGUCACGAGGAGAAUGCGAGUCUUCCUGUUGAUUCGGGAUUACGAGAAGAUCCUUCCACAUGACAAGCGAAGCUUAUGGCCGCGCCAUGUUCUUCGCUAGUGAACAAUUUAUAGUAUAUUUUGAUUAUGUCGAGGCGUGUUAACUGUAAGCCUCCAAUAUUUUCCUUUCUAUCGAAAUAUAAAGAAAAAAAAACAAUAAGGUUGUGUAAAUCAUUUUGUACAAUCCCAAUUCGCGUGUGUGGAGGAAAGCUUACGAUGGCCUAAGCGGAUUCUGCUUAGUUUGUAUCUUCCCAACACUUCUUCGAUCAUGAACUUUUUUAGUAUUGUGUUGCCUAGAUAUUGUCUAAGUUCCCCUUUUUUAUACGCCCAAACGAUGAAAACUUUGGUAGUUUGAAUUAUUUCAAUGUGAGAAAUUUCGUGAUUUAAUGAUCGAUGUAAAGUAUUAGGAUCGAAUUUCUUUUCAUAAAGAUGUUUAUCUCAAUGUUUA